AUGCGUGGAGGUGGUGUAGCUUUAUAUGUUAAAGAGGGAAUUAAAGCUAAAAUAAUUAAUAAGAGCCGAUCGAAUUCUAAAAUUGAAUACUUAUUCAUCGAAAUCAUGGGUGCAAAUAAUGCUAAAAUUUGUGUUGGGGUUGUUUCAUUUUUCGUGUAUGGAGUUCGCCAAUGGAACUCACUGCCCGGUGACCUUAGGUCGAUCAGUGCCAUGUCUGCAUUCCGUAUUUAUGAGUUCUGCGACUUAGCUCGAAAGUUGCAUUGUGAUCAUGGAUUCAAUCGAAAUACUUUACCAGAUUGGAUGUGCUUGAUUCAAGCUGAAAGCAGUUACAAUAGCAAAGCUGUUGGGCCUCCUAAUAAUGAUGGAUCGCGAGAUUAUGGACUCUGGCAAAUCAAUGAUAGAUAUUGGUGUAAAAAUGAACUUCUUGAUGAUAAUUUAGCAGAUGAUGUGGUGUGUGUUAGAAAAAUUCAUCAGCGCCAUGGUUAUAAUGCAUGGUAUGGAUGGAUAAAAAGUUGCAAAGGGAAGGCGCUCCCAAAUACAGAAAAAUGUUUUUAA